AUGGCCUUUUCAACUUCCACGCCGGGUCCCGAAGGCCGUGCGACUUCGCCGACGGUUUUUGAACAACAGCGCGAGGAGCUGGUUCGAGAAAUUGCCGUGGGCAUGGAGCAGGUCCUCCAGAACAUGAAUCGUCUCAAUCGAAAUCUAGAAAGCAUCAUCACUGUCGGAAACGAAUUCAGCUCUGUCGAAGCUCUCUGGUCGCAAUUUGAAAACUACAUGGGUCGACCACAGGAAGACGUCGAGGAACCUGCUGCCCAGGGCCAGCGCACGGCCAGUGGACAAGCGAGCGAAAGCCAGACAAAUGCAGGAACACAGCAUGAGUCGGGCGAUGAAUCGAUGACCAGCCAGUAG